AUGACGAAUACGAAAAAUACGCAACAGUCGCAGGGGGACGCUUCAUCUUCUUCCCGGAACGACGAAUGGAGAAAGGUUCACUUGGAAAACGAGGAACUGAAGCGUAAAAUCGAACAACUGGAGUCCGUUGUACACGCGAAAAGUUUCGAUAUCGCGCAUAUCAAAGCGAUUGUGGAACCGUUUAGUGGCGAAGGAACAGUACGUGUUGAAACGUGGAUCGAGAAGCUGGAGGAGGCUUUUCGUGUGCUGAAAUUGAACAAAUCACAGCAACUAGUUGCUGUAUGUGCUUUGUUGAUCGAAACUGCAGCCGCUUUUCGUAGCACCGUUAAGUUCAAAGAUUACGACGAUUGUAAAGCGAAAUUGCUGGAAGAAUUUCAAGCUUACAAACAGUGCAGCGACGAAGGCAUAGUAAAGGAGCUUCGGAAUCACAAGUUGGUGGGCCAAAACGUAUUGAAGUAUGUGUUGGAGAUGAUUGCCAUUGCCAAAGGGCACAAUAUCGCCGAAGUUGAUUUGGUUGACAUUAUAAUUGAUGGUUUGGGAGAUACUUCGCACGUCGUAGUAAUGCUGUACGGAGCGAAAACUAUCGCCGAACUGAAGAGUCUUCUGCCUAGAUACAAAAAACGACGCUUCAUUUCUGCAAUGGGUCAACCAUCUACAACCCAAUCGAUAACGUACAGAUAA